GACUGGAGCAUCGCACAAGAGGAGAGGAGCACACACCACACACAAACUGGCCCCUCGCAUCCUUCAACCGCCUCGCAUCCUUCAACCGCCGCUGAAACAGGAGGGAACUGAGAGGACCUCUUGACUUUUACGCGCAGAGACUGACUUUUACGCACCACGCCAAGAGAAACUUUAUUGGGAUGCAGGAGACUCUCACGGGUCUUACCUGACAGCAGCGGGCCUCCAGGCUACUGUAUUAAUAGAAAACACGAAGAUUCACCAGCGUUUUAUCUGAUGGCUCAAAACUUUGGAACAGAUCUGUCAGAUGGAGACUGAUAUGAAAGCUUAAAAUAUAGCAUUUAAAAUAUAACUUUAAAGGCUGUUUUAUUUAAUAAUUUCAACUUCUACAAAACAGUAACCAAUCAUGCCUCGUCCUGGGAAGAACUCUUACAGCGACCAGAAGCCCCCAUAUUCCUACAUAUCACUGACAGCGAUGGCUAUCCAGAACUCAUCCGAAAAGAUGCUGCCUCUGAGUGACAUUUACAAGUUCAUCAUGGACCGUUUUCCGUAUUAUCGAGAGAAUACCCAACGAUGGCAGAAUUCCCUGCGACACAACCUCUCCUUUAACGACUGCUUCAUCAAGAUCCCUCGGCGGCCUGAUCAGCCCGGGAAAGGCAGCUUCUGGGCUCUGCACCCGGACUGCGGUGACAUGUUUGAGAACGGCAGCUUCCUGAGGAGAAGGAAGCGCUUCAAGGUGCUUCGUGCUGAGCAAAUGGCCUGCAAGAGCUCCCCGAUGAUGCAUUACUUUCACCAUCACCACCACCCGGGCAGCAAGCUGGGCACAGCAUCCGGCCACCAUGAGCACUCACCCGGCCCGACAGCCACCGUGGGUCGGCUCCCUCACUUUCAGGGUUACGGGGGCAUUACUUGCGCACAGUCCGGCGGGUUUAAACACCCAUUCGCCAUCGAGAACAUUAUAGGACGGGACUACAAGGGUGUGAUGGCCAGCGGGCUCCCCCUCACCUCGGUCAUGCAUCACCUGGGUUACCCGGUGCCCCCCCAGCUCAGCAGCGUGGUCAACUCCAUGUGGCCGCACGUCGGGAUGCUGUCGGAGUCCAUGGGUGGCGUGCACGUACCCGCAUCAUCCGAGUACGCGCCCUUCAGCGUGUCAGCAAAGGGCCUUUACCACAAUGCCAACGGGCAAACCCUGCCCGCCGUUCCCGUGCCAAUAAAACCCACCCCAUCCCUGGGUCCCGUGCCCAGUUUGACGGGGCUGCAGUCCGGCACGGCCCAUCUUUGCUCACCGGUCUCAGUGAUGGAGAAAAGCGAUCUGCUAGAGGGGAAAGGAAACCCUCUACACCCGGCUCUCCUGCUGUCCUAACCGGGUAAAUUGCGGGUCAUUUUUGAAAUGUAACGCAAACAAGAAGGACAUUGUUAUUGCAUAAAGUAAGAAAGAAUAGUCAUAUCAGCAGCAUCAUGGUUUAAGUGAAGUGCAGCUGUUGGAGAGUUGUAAAACCUAAGUUUAACAUUGUGUUGUGUAAUGAAUUUUUCAUUAGACCCAUGUUGAUUGAAAUCAUAAUUUAUUUGCACAAUUUGUGAGGGCAUUUACCACAUACUGUAAUGUGGCACUGAUAAAUACAAUCAGACAAGUAGCGCUGAACCCAAAGAAAGCUUUGAUUUAGGAGACAAACAGUCCAAAGUUCUUUCCAAAUGCAAACCAACAACUCUGUUUGUAUAUUUUUUGCUCUUAUUCUAUUUUAAUCUGGCAGGUAGGUCUUCGUGUUUUUUAAUUAGGCCUGUUGCACUUUUAUGUGUGUUACUUAGCAGUGAAAUGAAAAUGUUAUGCUUGUAUUAUAACAAUAUUUAUCUGAGAAUAUUCAUAAAGAACUUAAAACCGAAUCUUCUUUGGUGUUGUAGUUAUUUAAGACUUUAAUUAAAUGUCCACACGG